CUCCAAGAAAUAUCAUUGGCUUUGUUGAAUUAUCGCAAUGCAGCUCUGUAAACUAUUGGCUUCGAAAAUUACUUGAGGGUGAUCCAACACCAACAUUGAGAAGCCUAAAGCAAGUUCAACGUUAACUAUAUCUUGAUUCUCAAAUAUUCUUACAAGAAACUUGUGUUCUUGAACAAAAAUUUAAAAAUUCAUAUAUUCUUAUUUGAAAUUAAGACAAUAUUUAUUAUAGAUAGUAGUUUGAAAUUGUUCUUACAGCAUGUAUAGUGACUUAAUUCAUCUGCCUACCUUAGAGUACUCUUAGGCCAUUAUAAAAGACUUGGGCCAGUUCGCUGAUAAUACGACCUAUUCUCUCCGCCCCUUUGUAAAAAGUGCAACUUUUUUGGCCAACCAAAAACGUACAACCCAACAUCCUCCCUAACCCUACAGAAGCUGGUGCAUAGAAAACGUCAAUAUCAGUGCUUACAUUUUCUACUAUUACGUCACAAUUUUUAACGAAUUGGUUUAUUCUCUAAAAAAUUAUGCUAUGUAUUAGGUGACAGGAAGGACUCGAUAAUGAAUAGAUAAUAUUGUACGAAAGUUUUUUUAUUUCAAUCUUUAUUAGAAAAGGAUUAAAAGAAUUUGAUAGUAAUUCUAAAUGAAUGUGAAGAGGGCAUUAAUCAUUCCUUAUCAAACAGCAAGCUCAUUGCUCUAACUGAUUUUCUCUUGGAUAUAUACUGUACUGCAGAUCACGUUAAUGUGAAUUCUUUUUUGUCUGUGUGUGUUUAUAGCAAUUGCUCCAGAAACAUUGAAAUUCAGGAAAUAUAUACGAAGCAGCACCGUGAGCGGUAAGUUAUUUGGAAAUAUCUGAGAGUAAUAUAACAUCCUCCCACUCUGGUGUCUGGGGCCCUACUGACCGUUGUUCGUCUCCUGCAGGUCUCCGCCGCAGCCGCCCAGGACUAUCAAGUGGCCGACAUAAGGUGUGACUUCGGGGACGAGACGACAGUGACCGAGGGGACAGGGCGAAAUCAGAGGCUCUCGGCUAGACUCAUGAAGCCAGAAGGGUUCAGAGGACACCCACUCUUCGCUGACGACAAGAGAGCCGACCCUUUCAGUGACAAGAUGUGCCAGAUCCGCCAGGACGCCCAAGACUCUUCAGAACUGGUCUACAACCUCCUGGUGACCGACCUCUCCAAGUGUGGCGUCGUCAGGAAGGACGGGUAUGUGACACUGCGAGUGUGGUUCCCCCAGCUGGAGGGCGUGGUGCUGGCCACCGACCAGGAGGUCAUCAUCAUGUGUAAACCAGCUUCACCAACCAUCAUUGAGAACAGAGCUGCUGGCUUUGCUGGAUCCCUGCCUUCGACGGGGCGGGUGUCAGGCGUGGUUGAGGAGACGCCUGGUCGACUGGAGUACGAGGUGGCCCUCUACAGGGAGAUGAAUGCCCGCUCAGGAGGCAGCCAUAUACCUGUGGAUCAGGCUGUUCCUAUUGGCUCCAGAUUGCAGCUGCGAGCCAAAAUCAACACCCAUUCCAGGUGGAAGUAUGUCAAGCUGAUGGAGGUGACGGUGUCCAGCGACCCCGCGGCGCCCUACUCCCCCGGCCAUGUCGCCCUCGUCAAAGACGGGUGUCGAUUGGCAGACUUCUCGUCAAUAGUGCCCCAGCAGCCUCACCGCGUCGAGGAUGAGCCAGGUGAGGUGAGACUAGACUUCGAGGCUUUCAUGCUCGACUCUAAGAUGGCAGGGUCAUCGCAGCUAUGGAUCCAUGCCACUGUUAAGGCCUGCAUUGACUCUAGAGAUUGUCUCCCAGAAUUCUGUCUAGACCUGUUCCAGCCGUCGGGCCACGGCCGGAGACGGAGGAGAAAACCGACCCAUUAUGCCGAGGGCCUCCUGGAGGUGUCAGAAGGGAACAACGUCUCUCUCUCCACCUUACUGCCCGGCCGGACCACCUCCCUCACUGACGCCUUCCAGGACUUUGUCUCUGCCAAGGUGGAAGUGCAGCCUGUAGUUGAGAACACCACAACACCGCUCCUCCCGCCUCCUGAAGCCUUGGCCCAGGCUCUGGCCUCCUCUCCACCUCCUGAUGCUCCCUCUACAAGCAUCGGGGACAACGUUGGCAUCACUGUCAUCAUGCCUCAAGAAUUUUUCACACAAACCGAAGCACUGUACCAGUCGUGUGCAACGUUCAUGGUGCUCUCAGGGUUCUUGGGACUGAGCGUACUGGUGGCUGCUGGCUUCCUCUGCUUCCUUACUUCUCGUCUCCACAAGACAGUUGCUCAGGCUCACACCACCACCCUCGAGUCUGUCAUCAAGGAGCAUCACAACAAAUAUGCUCUUCCAGACUUCCUGGAGUUACCCUUCCAGUGAUGUCAUUCAUAAUACCUCUGAGAGGCUAUAUGAAACAUUGUAUGAUCUAAUUUUCCUCUAACAAUUAGCAUUUUAUUUUAAAAGUAUUAUUGGGCACAGAAUUAUGCAGGUUUUAUAGAAAAGUUACCUAUAUUGAUGUAAGGUAUUUAUAAGACGAGUUAUGAGUGUUAAUUUGGCUAUAGUUGUUCUUACUGUUUUCAAUGUCAAAUUUAUCAAUGUUAUUUCAUUCUUUUAAAUAUCUGAAAUUAUGCUACAAAUUUUAUCCAAGUUAAAGGUAGGUGUCUAAUGAAUAUACUAUUAGAUGUAUGAAUUCUUUAAAUGAACAGCAGUGUUGAGGUUCAUUUACCUCAGUAGUGAGGUAAUACCUGCAUAAUGAAGAUUUAGAUCUACAGUAUUUGUCUUGAAGAUGUCGUCAAGAACUGCCAGGUGGUAGUAUAUUUUAUCUAAUUUCGCAUGCUACAUGUCUUACCAGCUUGGCACCUUUUUGAUAAUUACUGUACAGUACAGUACUUACUCUACUUUGACUUUCUGGUAGACCCCCUCCCCUCCACCCCUGCAACUGUUCAUGACUUUUGCAAUACCAAAAUUGGAAUAUGCAGUAGUUGUAUGGUGCCCAUAUCUCAAGAAGCACACUAGUAAACUGGAAAAGGUGCAAAGGCAUGCUACAAAAUAGUUUUCGGAACUGAAAAAUAAGAGUUAUGAGGAUAGGCUAGAGGCCUUAAAUAUGCCAAAGCUAGAAUAUAGAAGAAAAAAGCGAUAUAAUCAACACUUACAAAGUAAUAACAGGAAUGAACCAAAUUGACAGAGAAGUUCCUGAAACCAGGAACUUCACGAACAAGACGACACAGAUUAAAGCUAAGGAAACAAAGGUGCCAAAAAAAUAUUAGAAAGUUUUCCUUUGCAAACAGUGAUAGACAGUUGGAACAAGUUAAUUGAGAAAGAGGAGGCCAAAACCUUCAGUAGUUUCAAAGUGUUAUACGACAAGAGUACUGGGAAGACGGGACACCACGAGUGUAGCUCUCAAAACUAAGGUUAUUACACACACGCACAUAGAAACAUAAGAAAAUUCACUUCACAAAUAGUGGUAGAAUAUGUAUGAAACGUAUAAGCACAUAUGUAUUGUACAUAUAAGAGCAUAAGUAUGGUACUAAUUUGGGCAUAUGUAUGUUACUAAUAAGAGUUUUUGUAUGGUACCUCAAUGGGCAUAUGAAUUGUUCUUAUAUGGGUAUAUGUAUGAUACUUAUAUGGGUAUGAGUUUGGUACUCAUAUGGGUAUGAGUUUGGUACUUAUGUACUUACGUACCUGUAUGG